AUGGUGCUCACGUCGUUUGAUACGUCGAUAUUCCAAAGCUAUUCUAACCCUCGCCAUUGUUCUCACUGUCAUUCAUUCCACGUUCGACAUUCGGGUCAUCUAUCAUUUUUGUAUUCGGGGACCAUCGACAUCGUUCUGGGUGGCUCGCUGCUUUGUCGGUCAUUCGCCGUUGACGCGAGCGAUGGGUCCAGACACAUUCUCAUGGGUUUUCGACAGCUUCCGAAUAGGACUGAUCGUUGUGCCGUCGAUUCUUCUGUUCGCCAUCACGAUUCUUCUCAUACGGACAAUUAA